UGGGGCCGGGGCCGGGGGUAUGGACUCAGCCAAAUGUGAUGAUCUCAGACCCAAGCUGCUUAUAAAAACUUAUAUACUGACGGAUUUGUAUAAAUCUACUAAGUCUAGUAUGGUUAUCUCAGACCCCAAAACACUCUAAGCUUACUGAGGAAUUUGUAUAACUCUGCUGAAGUCUAGUAUGGCUGCAUUCAGGAGGAGGAGACAGAGCUUGUCAGAGGCUGUGGGGUCAGGAGUACGUCCUGCAAGCCCAUUUCUUGAUCAGUCAUUCACCUCACUUGAAACCAGGCAAUCCUCAAGCCUUCACCGACUCCGUGUAAACACUCUUGAGGAGGUGAACAUCUCCGAUCACGAGAUUCAGGCCCUGAGAAGUCGUGUCCUUCACCACAGGGGAUCUGUUCGGGGGACAUUUACUACAGAAAGCAGACUACUCCAUCGAGUACGAAGAUUUGUCAAUAAGAUUGGAAGCAGCAGAGAACACUACUCAUUGUUCAUCUUCCAUAAAAAUGGCUGGUUUAGAAAAAAUGUGAAGAAAAUAGCCAAGUCAGGAGUGUUCAAGCUCUUCAUGGCUCUGGUGGUGCUGCUGCACUUUGUGACACAGUGUUUCUACAUUCCAACCAUCAACGGAGAUGAUACCCUUAUCAAUACAGUUAUUUAUUAUGUUACCGUGGUGGUACUAGUCCUGUACAUAAUGGAGGCAGUACUCAACAUCAUAGCUUACAGCCUGGUCCACUCUCCGAAGGCUUACUUACGGAAAUACGCUCAUGUCCUAGACAUCUUUGUCAUCAUUGUGGGGAUCCUGUAUAUAGCAACGUCCAAUAUUAACCCGCUGGUCGGAGAGAUUUUUGCUUCAUUUAUGGCCUUCAAGCUUAUCAAGUUGUUCGCCUUAUCGGAAAGUGUCCAGUUCAUUUUGAAGGCUCUGGCCAAGUCGGUUGCUCCUCUUUUCUACCUGGGUGUCCUCACUUUCAUCGUCAUCACCUUCCUGGCACUAAUUGGUAUACAGCUGUUUAACGGCAGACUACAUAAAGGAUGCUUCGCCUCACACCUCACUCCAGCUGGUAUAAACAGGACUGUGCUAGUGAGUGAGUUCCCCUGUACUCAAAAUCAGAGUAUUGAUGGCAGUCAUAGCUGCCCGUACGGUAGCACCUGUGCAGAGUGGCCUGAGGGGCCUCGUCGCGGCAUCAUCUCCUUUGACAACAUGAUAUUUGCUUAUCUCACUGUGUUCCAAGUGAUAUCUCUGGAGGGGUGGAUCACGAUCCUCUAUCUAUAUGAGUCUGCCAUGGGCUACCAGUGGGUGUGGGCUUACUUCAUCGUGGUCAUGUUCUUCGGCUCCAUCUUCAUCCUCAACUUGUGGACUGGUGUGCUAACUAGUGUGUUUAUUGGAGUGAGUGACCGAGAGAAAGAACGUGGUAACCAACGGCAAUUGAAGGAAACACAGAGGAUUACAGAGGACCUUCAAAACUACAAUGACUGGCUACGGAUUGCUGCUGAGAUGGACGCCCCUAGUGACACUGGGAGUAUAAUUGACAGACGACACAGCUUGUUCCUGUGGACUGAUCCAGACUUGUAUUCUGACGAGGGGCAUGACAGUGACGAGGAGAGUGAGAACAGUGAGGCCCUGAAGGCUCGUGGAGGGAGGAGACGUGUGAGAGAACUGUGGCACAGAUUAAGGAAGAGAGUUAGGAAGAUGCUGAAGCACAAAUUAUUCUUAUGGUCAGUGCUAACAGUGCAUGCUGUCAAUCUGAUACUACUCAUGAGUCUACAUUUUGAUGCUCCACGUCUCUACGACGAUAUCAUCUUUGGGUUGAACUACUUAUUCUCUGUGAUUUAUGUGACUGUGCUCCUAAUGAGGCUGGCGACCCUCUCAAGGAUGAAGUACUCUCUCUCUUACUGGAGGAAUUACUGGACAAAUUCUAUUCUAUUUCUUGUUGAGAUUUUGCUGUCUGUUUUGACCAUACUGGACUUGUUUGUGUUUGAACCGAUCGUUGUUCUGAGACCUUUUCAUCUCAACGUUGUGCUUAAUGCUGUGUGGUGCCUCAAGCUCAUCCUGUUCUUUAAGUACACAAGGUCGUGGGGAGCUAUGAAGGAGAUUCUGCGCACGCUUAUCCAGCUGCUGCCCUCCAUCUUGAGCCUCAUGGCUCUUAUGGUCAUCUUCCUCUUCUUCUUCACCAUUCUUGGCAUAAGGCUCUUUGGAGAGAGGUUGAGUAACACUGGAAUUGUGGAACCUAACUUCGACACCUUUGGCAAGGCAUUCCUAUCGGUGUUUCAGUUAAUGACAUCAGAGGACUGGAACAACCUUCUGUUCACCUCUCUGGACCACUGGAUAGACAAGUACAGUAUUGCGGGUGGAGUUUUUGCCGUCUACUUUGUCAUAGGAGUUUCUUUUGGAUCAUUUGUUCUGCUAGUUGUGUUCUUGGCUAUGUCGGUGGAUAAACUGUCGGAGGUGAGGUCUCUUGAGUCAGAUUCGGCCGAGGAACAUCAGAAAAAGGAGAAACAAAGAAACGAAACAAAACAGUACAUCAGUGAUCUUAAAAAAGAGCCAGUAGUCAAAAGACAAACGAUCCGACGUGCUAGGAAGCACAUCUCUGGUAGUUUUGCAGAGAAUGUCACUGUGAAGCAGCACCGAAGAAAGUUCAGUCUAAAAUUUCGGCGAAAUGGUAGAGAGUUGUCAUCAUCUCCCUCCGAUUGGGGAAGUCCUGUGGAGAGCAGAGAGAUGUCACGAUCCCCAGUGGAGUCUCCAGCAAAGAAAAAACCAUCAGUGAAGCCACGCAACCCUCUCAGACUCAUGAAGCAACGAUCAGAAUUCUUUGAGCAACAGAAGUUGCGAGGAUUGGAGCCGGAGCUUCAAGAGGACCUAUCGACUAAUCCACAUCGACAGCCUAGCCUGGAGAAACCUCACAAGACAUUCACUAACAAAUUGAGUCUUGAUUCUGCCUCACAUGGCUCCGGCUUGGAGGAGCCACCUCUGAGCCCAAUACCUUACACCAGGACACAGUCCAGUCCAGCAGACAGUCCACUAUCAUUACUGCCAGAUGUGAGGACGUUGGAUGCGCCCAAGCUAGUAGAGCCCAUUACUGAGAUACAAGGAGUAUCUGACAGUGAAGCCAGUCAGGACCAAUGCAGGAACAGAGGACAUGCCCUGAGCUCUGAUUCUGGUGGCUGCCCUCCCUCAGCAGUGGAUGAGCAGCUGGCCAGUGCAUUGACCAGAGGAUAUUCACUAGAGGAUUUCAACUAUGUCAGUGCAAAACCAAGGAGAGCCCCUUCUGAACACAAGACUGCUUCAAAACUCAAGGAGAAAGUGCGGCUUAUGUUGUCAUGGGUGAUAGGCUACGUUGGUACUAUCCAGCUGAACCCAGCAAAGGAAUUGGCAGAGAUCCCUGAGCACUCCUCCUUCUUCAUCCUCUCGCCAGACAACAGGUUCCGUGAGUGGUGCUACAAGGCAGUGAGCUCUAAGGUGUUCACUACCAUCACACUGGUGGUAGUUCUGCUCAGUAGCCUCGUCCUUACGGCUGAGUUGCCUCUCGGAGUCAGAUCAAAUUCGCUUAUGUGCUCUCUGCAGGACAUAAUACUCUAUCUGGAUAUCAUCUUUUUGAUCUACUUCUCCAUUGAGAUGGCACUGAAGAUGGUUGCGUUGGGGGUGGUGCUCCACAAAGGCUCCUACCUGCGAGGGGCCUUCAACAUUCUCGACUUUCUCAUCCUCAUCUUCAACAUAGCCCCCAUUGUCGUCUACUAUGUCAUUGAGCGACAGCUACAGGCUAAUGCUGAUCCUAACCUGUGCAUAGCAUAUAGUUAUCAUAGGAAUGUUGUGAUUCUGGCUGUUCUCAGAGUAUUUCGUGUGAUGAGGCCAUUGAAAGCCAUCAGAAUCGGAGGCCUUUACCUGGUGGUGAGUGGCCUGUUUUCAUCCAUCAAGUCCAUGGGUAGCAUCUUCUUCAUGACCAUACUCGUCCUCAUUGUGUUCUCAGUUACUGGAGUUUUCUUCUUUAGGGGCAAGUUUUACUACUGUACUGAUCCUGUCAAGACUUUUGAGCAGGAUUGCAGUGGCUCCUACUUUGUGUAUGACUACACGUCCCCCUAUCCUCAAGAUGAUCGAUUUCCAGGACUACCAUGUCCUCAGCUGGAGGAGCGACAAUGGAUGCGCAGGGGCCUCAACUUUGACAACGUCGGCCUGGCAUUCCUCGCUUUGUUCUCAAUGCUCACCAUUGAGGGAUGGCAGAACGUGAUGUAUUCCGGACUCAACUCUUUCCAGCCUGUAGACUUAUCGACGCCUCAAGGGCAGGUGCCUGGUAGCACUGAGUCACCCCUAGCAGCUGUGUUUUUUAUUGUCUACAUGAUUGUCAUGGCGCUCAUACUGGCUCAGCUGUUUACUGGGUUCCUCAUUGUGACCUUUCAGGAAGACGGAGUGAAGACAUUCAGAGAGACAAAGCUCAACAAAAAUGAAAGGAACUGCCUGUACUUCGCUCUGAAUGCCAAGCCUAUCCGGCAGUAUGUCCCAAAGUUUGAGCUGCAUCGCAAGUUCCAUGAAAAGAUGCUUCCAAUAGUUAACCACGCCAUAUCAAAAUUUAUCAUCGUUUUUGCCCUGAUUGUCAACUGUAUUCUGCUCGCUCUUGUGAUGUACGGGAAUGAAAACAUAAAUCACAAUGUCUAUUACAUCAACAUCUUUUUCACUGUGUUCUUCGCGUUUGAGGCUGUCAUGAAGAUCAUUGUCCUCACCCCACCGACAUACUUCAGGAGUGUGAGGAAUUUGUUUGAUUGCCUCAUAGCAGUCGCCUCUCUCCUGGAGCUAAUCUUUCAGAGUGUCGAAUCACUUAAACUUCCUAUGUACGAGAACAGCCUCAUAACAAGCUCGUUUCGUGUGCUAAGACUGCUCAGCUUCAUCCCCAACAUUAGGUUAAUACUCUGGACUGUCGUCAAAUCCCUAGAAAUAUUCCCCUGGGUCGGAUUCUUGCUAAUGAUUGUCUUCUUCAUGUACACAGUCAUUGGAAUGCAGGUGUUUGGUGACAUUCGGCGAGCACCCAUUGAUGAGGUGGAAGAGACCGAGAUUACAGUCUACAACAACUUUGCCAACUUCCCACAAGCUCUGCUCGUUAUGAUCAGAAUGGCAACCGGUGAGAACUGGCAGGACAUCAUGCUGAGCUGUGUGCCGGGCCAAGACUGUGAGCUGGAGGGAGAAGCCAAAUGUGGUAGUGACUUUGCCUAUAUCUUCUUCCCCACGUUCUACUUCAUAUCCUCCAUCAUUAUCCUCAACUUACUUGUGGCAAUCGUUAUCGACAAUUUUGACUACAUAGUGCGAGACAGGUCCAUUCUGGGUGCCCAUCAACUGGACGUCUUUGUCAACCUGUGGUCCAGAUACGACCCUAGAGCCCAGGGUGUUCUACCGUCCCGGACAGUGCUAGAACUGAUGAGAGAGUGUAACCCUCCCGUUGGCUGGGGCAGACUCUGUCCAGAACUGCAAGCAUACAAGAAAAUGAUGAUGAUGAAUAUGCCCACGUCAACGCGUGAGGAGGAUGGAGGGAGGAGGGUGCUCUAUGUGUCCUUCAAUGCAACACUGCUCGCACUUGUUAGAACAUCACUCAAAAUACAUUGCUCAGGGUGUCCGGAAUGUGCUCGGAAGUGUAACUAUGAGUUCAAGAACAAGCUGAGCAUUCUAUUUCCCACUAUGCCAUCCAAAAAAAUUGAUGAGGUCUUAGCAACCGAGAAUGUCCACACAGUGGGACAGGAAUAUGCGGCCCUGCUGGUGCAGAGGGUGUGGAGGGGCUACAUCCAUAAGAGGAGGAAGGUACUAGAGCUCUUCCACGGCAAGAACAGGAGAGUGCUGAAGGCUGGUCUGAGAAUUGUACCUGAUGUUGGCUCUGACUUGCUUACGAGAAACCCUUCCGACUUUGAGUUUGUUGACUUACCCCCUACACCAAGCACCCCGCCACAGCCAAGGCGCAUCUCCGAGUCAUCCAGCAUCUACACUGAGAGCACCAGAUCACCAGGAGUUUUCACCACAAACCUAUUUAACGAAGAGCUCAAUCAAUCCAUGGAGGACACCCGAAGUCGGCACUUUUCCACCAAUACAAACGAGCACACAGUAACCAUUGAACCAGCUGCUCGCAAUAGAAGAUACUCCCCAGUAAGCAUGACUGCAGUGGACAUUGAGCCACCGCAAAGAGGCGGACACGAGCGAGUGAGACUACACUCCCUGGAAGAGACGAGAGAGCUCUCUACACUAGUCACACAUAGUAGGAAGCAUUCGUCUCAGACUGAUCCAGUGCUGAGUGAGCCGACAGAGUCUGAGGCUGCAGCUGAUGACAAUGUGUCCGAGUUGUCCUUCACAUCUGCCUACUCAAAUCCCUUUGAUAAAGAUAACAAGAGAAGGGAAACUACGGUGUGAUUAAUUUUUCUCAACUGCAUGUAAAAGACUAGCUCCUAGCAUUCAUAAUUACGCACGUUUUUAUUGCUUUCAUCAGUAUAAUUAUUAAAACCCAGCAUUUAUAUGCAAUUCGUGUGAUUAUAUUAAUUUUUCCUUCACUACAACAUUCAAGCUUUUCAACUUAUAUGCAAUGAAUUGUUACAAAAAUUAACAGUAUAACAAUAAUUAAACUCUUCGAA